UUCUUUCCUGUUUGCUGGCUGCCCAGUUAGCUUGAGCCUAGGAGGUGCCGAGGGAGGAAGGACUGGCUCCCAGAUGCUCCGGGGGCAGCCGCAGGGCCAAGACGUCCCUCCAGACGGAGCAAGCUGAGUUGGUUUCUUCUCUGCUCUUAGGUCGCUGUGGCUAAGAACAUCGAGCGCUUUAACUCAGAAAAAGAGCCCAGACAUCCCAGCAGAGAACUGAAAGGUUGCAGUUUGUGAAGUUGUAAAUUGCAGGUGUUCUUGAGAAAAGUACAUGUGACUUGGGUGUGAGAAAGGACAUGAGGAGUCCAAGGAUUUGGGGUGCUGCUAAUCAGAAUGAAACAAAUGUUGAAAGACUUUUCAAAUCUACUAUUAGUGGUGCUCUGGGACUAUGUUCUUGGUGAAACCGAGUACCUUGUCUUGGGGCAGCCAGGUCACAUAGCUUUAAGCAACAACACGGUGUCUGUAGAUUUCCAGUAUUCUGAUGGAAAUAAUGCAACGAUGAGGAAUGUGUCUGUCCUGUUGUUCGAUGCCAGCAAAAAUCAGACCAUCACCACCAAAUACCUUUUGACCAACCAAUCCCAAGGCACAUUGGAGUUUGAGUGUUUCUAUUUCAGGGAGGCUGGUGACUAUUGGUUCAUAUUGAAUCCGGCAAAAAUGGACAAUGACACAAGCUUCCCCUGGCAGGAGAAGCAUGCUUUUCUGAAGGUGGAGUGGCCUGUGUUCCACAUUGAUUUCAAUCAGACAUCAAAGGCAACUGGAGGUAUCUUACAAGUGGGACUUUUUACAAAUCAGCCACUGUGCUCUUUCACUACAGACAGACCGGACGUUUUGGUGGACGUCACCUUCACUAACAGCAUCUCUGAGCUGAAAGAAAGCAGGGAUCAACCACUGGAAAUAAGGAUCAGCAAAAGGGUUAGCCUUGCUCCUUUUCAGUGGAUAGAGUUUGACUGUGAUCCCAUUGGUUCACAAGCCUAUGCCACUGUGUUAUUGAAACUGCAUGAUACUGAGUCAAUCAUUACCUCAACAGGACCCAUUGAUCUGGUCCGCAAAUUUGGCUACAAGCUGGUGACAUUGCCUGAAUUAACAUGUGAGUCCUUGGUGGAUGUGGUGAUAGUGCCCCCUCCAUGUACUUUUGCCCAAGGAACGGUCUCUGUAUACAAGGACACCCCCAGGCAUUCUGGGGACAGGCCUGGUUGGUUGGCUGAAAUCACUGUGCCCCUAGGGGCCAGCAAAACAGCAUUUAACUGUACUUUGUUUGCCAUGGGGAAAAAUAAAUACUGCUUUGAGUUCAGCUUUUCAAGCAAAAGCCAUUUUUCUUCAAGGGAGGAGUGCAUGGUGAUUCAGAGAAAUAUAGAAACAUGGAGCCUAUGGCAGGCCUGGAAUCCAUGCAGCGUAACAUGUGGUGACGGCAUACGUGAUCGGCAACGAAUCUGUCUCAGUUCCUCCCCUUCCAAGCCUGGUUGUGUUGGAACACCCAUAGAGACCUCCUUGUGCUCUUUGGAAGAAUGCUUUACCCUCAAGCCUUCCAGCCCAUCUCCUGUCCAACCCAAGGGCCCCCUGAAAGCUAAUAACAUUGUGACCGUGACUGGGAUCUCUCUGUGUUUGUUCAUAAUCGUUGCCACUGUGCUCAUUACCCUAUGGAGGAAGUUUGGCCGGGCUCCCAAGUGCAGCACCCCGGCCCGGCACAACUCAAUCCACUCCUCCGGCUUCCGGAAGAACUCAGAUGAAGAGAACAUCUGUCAGUUGAGUGAGCAGAGAGGGAGCUUCUCUGAUGGGGGCGAGGGACCCUUGGGGAGCCCUACGGAGAUCAAUAUCCCUUUGACCUACCGGAGGAGCAUGCAGCUGACUCCAGAGGAAGAAGUCUCUGGCAGUGAGAGCUUUCAAUCCAAUGCCCAGAAGAUUAUCCCCCCUCUUUUUAGCUACCGCCUCGCACAAAAGCAGCUUAAAGAGAUGAAAAAGAAGGGUCUGACAGAAACGACCAAAGUGUACCAUGUGUCUCAGAGUCCUCUGACUGACACAGUCAUUGAGGGUGCUGCCGGUGCUGUCUUAGACCCAGAAAGUCCAGAAGAAGCCACAGUGAACAAAUUUAGAAUCAAGUCCCCUUUUCUGGACCAGUCAGCCACCAAUCCAGGGGAAAGGUCUCAUUCCAGGCUAGAUUUUAGUGUGUCUUUGGCCAAUCCUGCAAUGAGCCCCAGUCAGACCCUCAUUCGCAGAUCGCAGCUGAAAUAUGUGGGCAGCAAAGGGGGCCAGUCUGAAAGGAGCUAUCCCCGACACUCCCACUUCAGGAGAACUGCAAGUUUUCAUGAAACCAAGCAAGUGAGGCCCUUCAGGGAAAGGAGCAUGUCCACUCUGACCCCACGACAGGCUCCAGCCUAUAAUUCCAGGACACGAAUCUGGGACCAUGAAGAUAGAUUUAGGGCUCGGUCUCGAGGAGCCUACCCAUGCCCUGAGAAGCUGGAGCAUCCCCAAGGGACUGGGAUGACCAGUGAACCACUCACCCCUCUUUCCAAGUCCCACCCCAUGGGUCUUCCAGCCAGGAAACCUGACUUGAUCAAUGACCGUCCAGCAGGACUGGCAAAUGGCACAGAUAGAGCUGAACCCCACCGACACAGAAGGGGACCUUCACCGAGUCACAAAAAUAUUUCAAGGAAACAGCCCUCCCCAACAGUCCCCAAGGAUAGCUACCAGAGGGUCAGCCCUUUGAGUCCUUCCCAGUACAGAAGAGACAAGUGUCAAAGCUUUCCAGCACACUCUGAAUAUGCUUUCUAUGACAAUACUUCUUUUGGCCUUACUGAGCUAGAGCAAAGGAUGCUUGACCUGCCUGGGUAUUUUGGGUCAAAUGAAGAAGACGAAACAACAAGCACACUGAGUGUAGAGAAGUUGGUGAUCUAAAGAAAGGAUGAAAGUGAGGACAAAACUCCAUGGAAUCUUGGUCACUCUCCUAGUCCACAUCCUCACUUCCUGCCUUCAGCAUCAUCCCUUGGACUGCUUUCACACCAGUUUUUGUACCACUGAACAGAGAAUGGGGAAGAAAUGAUCGAUGGGAAGGAUGCUUUGUGUGUGUGUGUGUGUGUGUGUGUGUG